UGAUAAGGGUGGAGGCUCAGAAGUCUGGUUUCAUUUUUGGUUAGAGCUGGAGUACUACCGCGAAAUGGCGUCGAGUGACGUGUGUGAGGAGCUGAGGAUCAUUCUGCUGGGGAAGAACAGCUCAGAGAUCAGCAGAGUGGGGAACUUCAUCCUGGGAAGAAAGGCAUUUAAUACUGAAGCUCCACCCCCUUCAGUAGAGCAGAACUUGCCGAACUAUUUUUCAUUACCAAAAACAUGGAACCUGGUGCUGUGUGGGAGGGAGGCAGAAACAAAGGCAUCCGUGUCUAAACUUUUAGUAGAAAAAAAUAUUGAAGUAUGUGGACGUCUGAUCUCCCUGGUGGAGCUUCCAGCUCUCUACAGCUCUCAGCUCUCAGAGGAGGAAGUGAUGCAGGAGACUUUCUGCUGUGUCUCUCUCUGUGAUCCUGGAGUUCAUGCUUUUCUCCUCGUCCUCCCUGAGGGACGUCUCACUGAUGAAGAUAAAGGAGAACUGGAGAAGAUCCAGAACAUCUUUGGCACUGGACUGAAAAGCCUCUCACUUGUCCUCAUUGCCCAACCUCUUCAGAACAAAGAAUUAGAUGAGUCUGUUAAGAAAAUUAUCAACAGUUUUGGGGGACGAUUUAUAUUUUUUGACAUCAAAACAGAUUCUGCAAAUCUGAUGACAUGCUUAAAGGUCACCUUCCGCGAAAAUCCGAUUUUUCUUGUUUUUUGUGGAAUACAGUAGGUCUCUCCGAGUUGAAUGUGUACACCUGCACAUUAAACUGUUUUGCAGCCCCCAUUGUCUGCAGGAGCUAAGCAAAGAAAUCCCCCUCCCCCCCUCCGAAAAACGGGUGAAUUUUGAAUUAUCUUUCUGCCUACGUAGGCAGAAACUCACAGACCAGCCCACCUUGGCUCGAGAAACUCCCAGAGGCGGAGCUGAAGCGACGCAACAUCACCGCUCAUCAGUUAGGAGGUGGGAAGCAGUGAGCGGCAGAGCGGUGGAGGGG